UGAGAAAUGUAAUUAAGCUAACUCCGAUUUAACUUUACGUCAAUACGUUUUAAUGGUUACAUUGGAUUCAUAGUUAAAACAGUUUACGACCCAACACUAAGCUCAAUAGUUUUUUUUUGUUUUUUUUUGUGUCAGGAAGUUCGUAUUUCCAAUUUACAGUUAUUACAUGAACGCAGCAUGGCUAUCAACAUGGACUAGCUUGUCUAGAAGGAGUUAGCUCCUCUUUCAUUAUUUCAAAUGCAUGAAACAUAACAAGAAUGUCUUUUAAACGAGAAGGCGACGACAAGAGUCAGUUGAACAUCCUGCAGAAGCGACGUGUGGCGGAUCUUCUGUCGAAUUUUAUUCCGGACGAUGAAGCUGCUCUAUUGAAAAAUGGAAGAUACACCUGCCUUGUGUGCUCCUAUCGUCCUGUGUUUGAUACAGUUGAUAUACUGACAGUUCACAGAAAAGGCAAAAGGCAUCUAGAAGGGUUGAAAUCAUUCUAUGGCAGAAAAUCACAGCUGAAGAAUGACAUAACAAAAAGGCAACAUGAAAACUACGUCCAGGCUGAAGACAGAACGCAGGAAGCCUCCAGUUCCAGUUCAGCCCCGUUACUGGCUCUAACACGGAAGAUUACACGUCACGCUUUGUUGAAGACUGUACCGUAUAACAGUUGCCAUCGAAAAACCAGCACAAAGUCUGAAAAAGCAACGACAAGCACCACUUCGGGAUUUUGCAGCAACGCCUGCAGUAAAAUGUCGUCUGAGCAAGAAAACGCAUGUCAGAAAACUGAAGCUUCAAACAGAACGGUGCCAAACAGCUCCAGCUUCAACAUCACAGCAGAAAACAAAGAGUUACAUCCGUCACAAGACAGAAAUGCACCUCAGCUCCUUGUGGUACCCGAGGCAGAGCCUAUAACAGCGGAGAAGAGGAGAGAGCUGGAGCACUAUCUCAAGCUGAAAAGUGACGGGUGGAUACAGGACCCUAGUGGCCACUGGAUUAAAGAUGAGAAUGUGGAAUUUGAUUCUGAUGAGGAGGAGCCUCCUUCACUUCCUUGACUACCCACGAGUCACUGAGAAGAGGCACUAAGAACUGUGUGAAAACACAGAUUAACUUGCACCAGAGUGGAACAUUCCGCUCAAGCCAAGGUGUGGUAUUAUAUAAUAACAGCCCCUCGUGCCAAGGACUCCAGCCAACCGUCAACUUUUCACUCAGUCACACAUGAGUUUCUUUUGUCGAUCGUCAGCUGCGGCAUGCAAGAGAGAAAAGUGAAAGCCAGAAAAAAUGUCUGAGGAAGAGAGAAGACAUUGUCUUUGUUGAGUGAAGCCAAAGGUUACAUUAUAUAAGCAGAAAAGUGAGUUGAAUGCAUACGGUGUGUAUAAAAAAAAUGGACUUU